UUGGAGGAAGAUUCGGUUCAGAACUACAAACACUAAUAAAAAGUGUUUUAAAAAAAACUACAAACAUGGCGGAUGUAUGCACGACCAAUGUGAGCUGUAUCGAACCUUCACGAGCACGAGCCAGCGCGCGCUCCCGACGGUCUCUCCUCCUCUCCAGAGCGCGCUUUCUGCCGUGAGGGCGAGAAUCGGCGGAGAUAUCAGAUACACAUACAGACAGAGAGCUGUAAUUAGCGUCUGUCUGUGAUUAGUGUUGAUUAGCGAGAGUCUCAUCAGGAGCGCGAGCGGCUGCCGGAGCGCGCGGCUGAUGGACGGGAUGCAGCAGGGCGCGUUCGGCGCGGGCAGAGCCGGUGGAGCCUUCGACCCGCUCACCUUCAUCCAGCAGCCGCACACCGGCCUCCGGAUCGUGUCCUGGCUCUUUUCGUUGGUGAUCUUCGGCUGUAUCGCUAACGAGGGCUACAUCAACAGGCCCGAUGAAGUCGAGCAGUUCUGCAUCUUUAACCGGAACCAGAACGCCUGUAACUACGCGGUCAGCAUGGGCUCGCUGGCGUUCCUGUGCUGCAUGGCCUUCCUGGCUUUAGACGCGUAUUUCCCUCAGAUCAGCAGCGUCAAAGACCGCAAGAAAGCCGUGCUGGCCGACGUGGGCACAUCAGGUAGGAAAUCACGACGUUCUGGUCCUUCAUUUGGUUCGUGGGCUUUUGUUUCUUGGCCAAUCAGUGGCAGGUGGCAAAACCGGAGGACAACCCUCUGCGAGCGGGCGGAGACGCGGCACGGGCGGCCAUCACCUUCUCCUUCUUCUCCAUCUUCACCUGGGGAGGCCUUACGCUGUUCUCUUUGGAGAGACUUAAGCGUGUGUGUUUUGAAGAGGAGUAUGAGGAGCUCUUUACACACACGGAUAAACGUGUUCCCAGUGAGAGUCGAGCCUCAGCUGUCGUCCUGAAGAAUGAAUUCGUCUCAGAAGCUCAUUAAAGAGUCUUUACUCAGAAUUAAUGCAGUCGAGAUCUUUACGGUUGCUCUGCUUCAAGCGACGGGUUCAGAUCUGCUGUAAUGCGCUCAUACAGGAGAGAACCGCCGCUCUGAACAACAACACGUUUGUUAGUGUUAUGAAUAAGUUAACAUUUAAUUUCCAGAAUGUUGCAUAUUUCCAAGUCAAAUUAAUAGAAAUAAUGUAGGGCAGGACUUGAUUUGUGCUGAUGUUUAUCGACUGUCUGUUCUUCCGUUACUGUAACGGCCCGUUCACACCAAGAACGUUAACUAUAAAGAUAACUAUAUUAGCAUCUUCACCAGCCUUUUUAUUAUAGGCGCGCUGCUGUUUUGUCUUCUGUCACUUUAAAUGCUCGAGCUUUUUAAAGCAGGAUUGGAUUCUGAUUGGCUGUCGAAAAUGAGAAAUUAUGACAAAAAGUCAAAACUAUGACAUACUAAGUUAUAUUUAUGAGAUGAAACGGUCAAAAUUAUGACAAAGUCGAAAUUAUGAAAUAUUAAGCUAUAUUUAUGAAAUAAAAAGUAAAAAUUGACAAAGUUGAAAUUAUGACAAAUAUUUGAAAUUAUGACACUUGAAAUUGGCAUAAAAAGUGGAAAUUAUGAAACAAAAACUUGAAAUUAUGACAGUCAUUUAUGAGUCAAAAUUAUUAGUCAAAAUUUACAUAAAAAGUUAAAAUUGAGAAAAAUGAGAUGAAAAAUCUGUAUUAUGACAAAAUUGUGACAUACUAAAUUAUAAAUUAUUGGCUGUGAAUGUUUUUAUCAUUCAUCAGCAGGAAAAAAUCGUUCUGAAAGUGAUUCCAUCUAUAUCAUUUCUCUGUGCCGUUAUCGUUAUCGCUGUGAUGUGGACGUCGCUAUUGUUUUAAAUUUAGAAUAAUUUUUAAAACGAUAUCUUUAUCAUGAUAGUCUUUGGUGUGAACGGGUCUUUACUUCGUUUUCUGUUUUCUGACUAAUUAAUCUGAAUCUUAUCUUUCUCUCUUUUCCUCAUAUCAUAUUUUCUUUCCAUCCUUCACUUCCUCAUCCUUCCCCAAACUGUCUUUUUUUUUUUUUUUUUUAUACAUUGAAUGGAUCCCAAAUCCAUCAUUCGCAUGUUUAAAAACACCCUUCAUC